CUCUUAAACAUCCGUAUCUGUUCCAUCUUUUGUCAGAGCGUGCUAGAAGCCCGAGUGUUUCGAGGACUUGCUGCUACAGUUUCUCUCUCUGCAGAAUCAGGAAAGAAUGAAAAGGGACUGCCACCAAAUCCCAAGAAGCAAAGUCCACCAAAAAAUGUAGUGGAACCAAAGGAGAGGGGGAAGCCACUAGCCACCCCACCAGCAGCUGAACUGUCUAAAAACUUAUCUCCGCCCAGUUCCUCCCGGUCAGUUGUGAACGGAGGCAGGACGGUAGCUAACCCCAACCCCGGUGACAGCCUGCUGGUCCCAGAGGAAGGGCUUCCGAAGUGUUUGUCAAGAAAGACUUUGGUAGAGUUUCCUCAGAAAGCUCUGCCGCCAUCCAGAAACCAGGGUUCUGGUUCAGACGCAGUCCCAGGGAGCAGGAGAGCGACAGGUGGCUCAUCCUCGUCCUCGUCCAGCUCCUCUGACUCGGAGUCCGACGAGGAGGGUGACAGCCCAGGAGCUGACCGUCCAGUGAAGAGCAAAGGCAGAGGAGGGUUCCCCAAAGCAGAGGCCCCCCGUUCCAUUGCAAAUGGAGCCCCCCAAAUUGGGGUGUCACAGCAGCCACAUGCAGACCUCAGCUCUCCAGAGAGGCCCCGCCAGGCAAAGAAGAAAGGGGCCUCCAGGAAGCCUGUAGAGGACAGGAAGGACACCAAACCAAAAACCACGGCACCCACGUCACAAGAGGGUGAAGAGUUUACAAAGCAAAGUGGAAAAGAAAAACAAUUGCACAGAGCAGCUAGAGCAAAUGACAUCGAUAAAGGAAGCCAGAAGGCAGCUGAAGUUAAAAAAGUCUCAUCUGACCAUACAAAAUCAGGAUUUUCCACACGACCGGACGGCGACCCAGCGCCCACCCCAUCGGCAGAAACCAGAGCAGGAACACAGCUGCAGGCAUCUCCUCCUGGGGCCAGAGGGCGACGUGGGGAAAGUCAAGUACCAGCACCUGACGGGGAGGCGGCUUCUGCCCCGCUCAGAAAGGAAAAUGUGGGAAAGCCAGUAGCAGACGGACUCUUGAAGGCUGAGGGGGAUUUGGAAGAUCAGUUACCAAUAAAACAUUUGAAGCCAGCUCCUGUUCAUCACAAAGACGCGUUGGAUGAAAAGACAGCAGGACUGCAGCUUGAGGAAAAGGACGAAGUCAUGGAGGACUCAGCCACCCCGGUGGAAGGCCGGGACCACGCACAGGGGCCCGCACAGGCCGCCGCCUCCGCUGAGCCGUUCGACAACUCCACUUACAAGAACCUCCAGCAUCAUGACUACAGCACGUACACCUUCCUAGACCUCAACCUGGACCUCUUGAAAUUCAGGAUGCCUCAGCCCUCUUCAGGACGGGAGUCGCCGCGCCACUGAGAGCUCCGUUUAAAGAUAAACCUUCUGUUGUCCCGCAUUCUUGCGUGCAGAAAUAAAAUCUGCUCGGCAGUCCUGAGGCCUGGCGUGCGUGACUGGUUUCCCUUCCGCACCUUUCGUAGGGAGAGGUGAGUCAGCCUCACUCCCGCUGCUGGUUUGCUCACUGCGUGUUUAGAAACAUCUGUGUGCAGGGAAUUUUUCUCUCACUACAUAGUAGGUCUCACUGAGCAAAUCCACAAAACUAGAGAACUAGGUGCUUCCGUCAGUGUGAUGCCGCUGUGUUGAGCCCCUGGUCGGUUUUGCAUUGAUCUCGUUUACCAGCAAGAUGUUAAAUGCAGUGGUGACUUCUAAUUUGGUAGGUGUAGUUCUUGAUAAAUUGGAAAUGGGAUUUUUAUCCACUUCAACUACUACUUUGCAAAGAUACUAUGGUGUUAAAGUACAGCAUUUUGUUACCAGAACGUUGUUCCCUCGAAUCAGGCACGCGCCAUGAGCUCAGGCAGCGCUGAGAGGCGGGGUGAGGGGUGGGGGUCGUGUGGGGCCCAGCAGCAGCACCUGCCCCAUGGCCCCACGGGCUGCGUUCAUUCGGCCACAGAGGGUCUCUGGGAUGGCCGAGGGACUUCCAGCACUCGUGGAAGCAGGACUCACCUGGAGGCGACCAUGGUGUGAGCAGGCCCCAGUGUGUCACUUGCUAUCUGCACCACACACCUCGUGGGGACAAAAUAAACAGCUCUGGGGAAGUCACACAUCCAGAUGAGACCACUCACCAGGUGAGGGACGGCGUCCAUCUGGCGGGACGCAGGUGCCCCUAAAGGAGACUGUCUGCGCCCCGGGGGGCGUGUCACCGUUUGCCUGUUUUCACACCUCCCUGCUUGGCUCUGUGCCCAAACUCAUGGGCUUUAUUUCAUUUCGGUUCUGGUUCUUGGCCUCUAGUCAGUUUACAGCAGACAGAACGGUGUGUGGUAACUUACGACUCACAUUUCUAUAAUCCUGCAGUUCUUAAAAUGAGUCCAAGCCAAGAGUAAAACAGAGUGUUGAAAACCAGUAUAGUGAUCUGCCUCAGAUUUUGUCACCACCCAAGAGGCUUAGCAACUCAGCAAGGUUCUUCCAAUCACACUUUUUAUUGUAAUAGUACUAAAGCCACAUUACCAAAAGGAAGAAAAUGGAAAAUAGUAAGAUUGCCUAAAAUCCACAGCGUUAACCCAAGCAUUACUAACACUUGGCAUGUCUGCCCGGUGGGUUUGGUCAGAUAUGACCCUGUAACGUACAUACAGUUUCGCAUCCUGCUGGGGUUUUUUCUUACUUCGUUUAAUUGCCUGCUUCUCAUACCGUGCCCACGGAACCCCUGUGAUGUGUGGGGGGCGUGGGGGGCGUGGACUGUACAGCCACAGAGUGCGUUUCCCUGUUAACACCACGGAGGGAAGUUCUUUCUACAUGAAGAUGAGUCUGAAUGUACUUUCCUUUGUGUGAAGUUUUCCCUUGGAACAGUCUGGUUGGGCUAAUCUUUCGGUCUCCUGGGGGGUUCGAUUCCCCCGCCUCCUGAAAAGGCUGGAGAGGCCUGGAUACACAGCACCGGGCACCUGGUGGCAUCACGGCCGUGCCCCGCCGAGUGCAGCGUUUUGCAUUUCGUGUUGUCUCCUCAAGAUGAAUUUCCAGACACUGCGCUGAUGAAUGACAAGUGAUUUGGGGACAUUCGUAUUGCUUUCGCUUCUGUGAGGUUUUUUAACUUGCUCAGUACAUUUGAGUUAAAUGAAGUAAUUAUUUCCCCUCCA